AUGCCUGCCAUAAGGGCGGACAACAUUGCACAGCAAAUGUGUCGCGAUGAAGGAAGCCAUGUCGAAAACCGUUGCAGUUGCAGAAAUAAUGCAUGCCAUACAACAAAGAAGACCCAUCGAUGGAUUCAGUCAUCCGGAAACUAUGAAUGCGUUUCGCAAACGGAGCCGGAUGAGUCUGCGAAGGAAAACGACAACUUGACUACCAAAGUUAACAAAUGCUUGGUAUUAUUAUCGCACGUUAACACAAAGCUGGAUGCUAUGGCUGCCAUGCAAUGCGAACAACAAAAAUUAAAUUCAACAUCCGAAGUAAAGCUUGCAAAAAUCCGAUUGCAGCCUAUCAAAAGUUUGGCAGAUCUUGAAGCUCUGGAGGACAGAUGUCGUGAUGACGAUUUUGUGAAAACAACAGUGGCAUCAAUAGGGAAAAUCCAUGGUCGUCACCGCUUUACCAGCCAAGGAGCUACAGUAAGCCUUCAAAUCGUGGACCAUUUCUUCUCUCGCGAUUUUUUGAUGAAAUGCUCAUGGACAGGAAUCAGUCGCACUUCUGAAGGUGCACCAAACAACGGAAAAAUCCCUUUCAUGAAAUAUGAAAGAAUGAUCAACCUGUUUCAUCAAACAGUGUUACAUUCGGACCCCAACUACACUUUAACCGAUUGUAAAAACUUCUUACACCGGUGUUUGAAAAAUUCUAAGCAGAGAUUCGAAGAAGUAGCCGGCACCAGAAAACCCGUUUCGCGGAAGCGGGAGCGAUUGACAAAACGAACGGAGAAACCUGAGGAUGAAGAGGGGCACUCUAGCGGAGACAUCAAGACCGAAAGCAUUGAGGUAAUGGACGAUGGAAACCCGCCAGAUGAAGCAACCGGUAGUACAUCAUGGCAGAUCGAGUUUUUGGAGACGGAUGAGGAAUGUGUUUAA